UACGUCUUCACAGCCCUAUUCUUUUCUCCUUCAUAACAAUGGCGACAACAGCUGCAACUACGUAUGCCUUUCUCUUCUGUCUCAUUUUCUCUCAGACGUAUUCAACAAGUAACAUCUCCGGUGAAUUACGUGUAGAGAAAUCGCCACCUACCCGGACAGAGGAGGAGAUCAGGAGUACGUACGAGUUGUGGCUGCUCCGCCAUGGAAAAGCAUAUAAUGCGUUGGGAGAGAAGGAGAAGAGGUUUCAGAUCUUCAAGGAUAACCUCAGGUUCAUCGAUGAACACAAUUCUUCCGGCAACCGGACUUACAAGGUCGGCUUAAACCAGUUUGCUGACGUCACCAACGAGGAGUAUCGUUCCAUGUAUUUAGGCACGAAAUCCGAUCCUAAUCGUCGGAUUGCUAAGGUGAAGAGAGGCGAGAUUAGCCAACGGUAUGCGGUUCAGGAAAACGAGAUGUUGCCGGUGGAAGUUGACUGGAGAAGAAGUGGCGCCGUUGCUCCUAUCAAAAAUCAAGGAAGCUGCGGGAGCUGUUGGGCGUUCUCAACCGUUGCGGCCGUGGAGGGAAUCAACAAAAUAGUCUCCGGCGAUCUGAUUAGCUUGUCGGAGCAAGAGCUUGUUGACUGUGACAAUAAAUACAACAGCGGUUGCAAUGGCGGAACGAUGGAUUACGCCUUCGAGUUCAUCGUUUCUAAUGGCGGAAUCGACACCGAAUCUGACUAUCCUUACAAAGGUGUAGGCGAUAAAUGCGAUCCGAUUCGAAAUAAAGCGAAAAUUGUUAGCAUUGAUGGGUAUGAAGAUGUUCCGCCGAUGAACGAGAAAGCUUUGAUGAAAGCAGUAGCGCACCAGCCCGUGAGUGUCGGAAUCGAAGCUUCUGGAAUGGCUUUUCAGUUAUAUACAGAGGGUGUAUUUACGGGUAAGUGUGGGACUUCAUUGGACCAUGGUGUGGUUGUGGUGGGAUAUGGUACCGAAAAUGGGAAAGACUAUUGGCUUGUUAGGAACUCAUGGGGGACAAAUUGGGGUGAGGACGGGUACUUUAAGAUGGAGCGUAACGUGGUUGGGACACGCAGCGGUAAAUGCGGGAUUGCUAUGAUGGCUUCUUACCCGGUCAAAUACAGAAAUGAGAACCCGAGUAUUUCAAACAGUGUUAACAGGGACCAGAUAAGCAGUAUCUAAUUAGGAACGAUUUCAUCAAUGGAUACCAAAAUGGAGCGAAUGAGUUAUGUUGGGGUGGAUAAACGUGCAUCCUCUCAAUUGGUGGCUUAUGUUUAUAUCAAUGAGCUCAUGGCGGGUUCUUGAUAUUUAUCUAUUAUUGUAUUGUGAUUCGAGAUAGUUUGAUUGCUUUUUAUAUGUAUGUCAGGAAAGUAAUUUUUAUAUGUAUGUCGGAAAGUAAUUCUAUUUCUCUUGUGGCGAAAUUAAAUAUAAAUAUAGGAAUAUGUUUUGAAUUGAAUAA